AUGGCAGCCGAGCUUGUGAGACACGUCAAAAAGAGCUUGCGCCGGGGAGAGACCGAGCACACGACCAAAGAAUCCCAGCGACCGUAUAUUCUGGCUCUGGGGGCCAGCAUUCAGCCUUCAAACGUAAGUCUAUCAGGCAAACACACACGAGUCGAACAUUGUGCGGGAACCAACUGGAGGGUGGGUGCACCGUACGAUGAGCAGGAAUUAGCUACCGAAGCCUCGUGGCAACCGUACCCAAACCCCAGUCCACGUGCGACAUUUUGCCCUGAUGCGGUCGACAACGAAAGAUUUCGACUCUACACCGUCGCGGCGGACAUGUUUGCCUUUGGUAUUGAUGGGGAGUCCACAAGGACAGUCCCUUGCCCGGCCACGCCGCCCUCGACCCUGAGGAGAGAUUGGAGCGGCUGGCUGACGUUGAGCUACGGCUUUUGGACUCGUAUCAGUCUCUGCGCCCCGGGGCGCGGUGGGAGCCCGGAUCAUCUCCCAGUCUCCAGCUGGUCCCUAGGUCGAUCUGUAGUAAGUAGUUGCUUGCUUCGGAAUCAUGUGGGUUCGUAG